GUCACUCUCACUACCCUGUCACCAUAGUAGCCCCUCUUCUCUUAAUAAUGGCUUACUCUUCUUUGCUCUCUCUUAGUCUCUGCUUUCUUCUUCUCUUCCACGGCUGUUUUGCUCAGAUGGAACCAGACCCUAGAGUUUGGCCAAGCCCAUAUGACCCAGAACGCUAUCAACGAGACGAGUGCCAACUCGACCGCAUAAGUGCCCUCGAACCCUGUCGGAGGGUCCAAUCGGAGGCUGGUGUUACAGACAUCUGGGACGAAAAUGAUAAUCAGUUCCAAUGUGCAGGUGUUGUAGUUGCGCGCCAUACUAUUGAAGAAAGAGGCCUUCUGUUGCCACAAUACGCCAAUGGACCCAGGCUCGUAUACGUAGUUCAAGGUAGAGGUCUUCAUGGGGCUUUACUACCAGGUUGCCCCGAGACAUACCAGUCAUCACAAUCACAGUCACAGUUUAGUCAAUCGCGAAGAGAGAGCCAGAGAGACCAGCACCAGAAGGUUCGACAAAUCCGAGAGGGCGAUGUCGUUGCCUUGCCGGCCGGAGUACCUCAUUGGGUUUAUAAUAACGGAAGGUCUCCUCUUGUUUUAGUUGUUGCUGUAGACACGGGCAAUCGAGCCAACCAGGUCGAUCAGAAUGUGAGAUUAUUCUUCGUUGCUGGAAACCCGCAAGAAGAAUUACAGAGCCAGAGAGGGGAAUACGGGAGAGGAGAGAGAAGCCGAAGCCGGAGGCCGAGCGAGCAGGGAAGUUCUGGAAACGUGUUUUCAGGCUUGGACGAAGGGUUGCUAGCUGAAUCUUUCAACGUCAACAUGGACCUUGCCAGAAAGCUAAGGGGCAAAGAAGAUUACAGGGGGAUUAUUGUGAGGGUACAGCGUGGUCUUGAGGUGGUAACCCCACAACGAAGCCCAGAAGAAGAAAGAGAAGUAAGAGAGGAAGAACGGCAGCAAGAAUUCGAGACGGGAUCACGUGGAAGCGGGAGAUACAAUGGCGUAGAGGAAACUUUCUGCGCACUCAGCCUACAACACAACAUCAACGACCUAUCACAAGUUGAUGUCUUCAACCCACGGGCUGGCCGCAUCACCAACGUCAAUAGCAACCACCUCCCCGUCCUCAUAAGACUCCAACUCAGUGUUCAGAAAGGCGUUCUCUACAGGAAUGCAAUGAUGACACCAUACUGGAACGUAAAUGCCCACGGCGUACAUUACAUCGUUAGAGGAAGUGGUGAAGUCCAGGUGGUGGAUGACAAUGGGAACACAGUAUUUGAUGGGCAGGUUCGGGCAGGCCAAGUUAUAACAGUCCCGCAAAACUUUGCAGUAGUGAAGAAGGCAAGCGCGGCAGGCAUGGAGUGGGUAACUUUCAAGACUAAUGACAAUGCGAGAAUUAACCAACUAGCCGGUAAGAUGUCAGCAAUCAGGUCAAUGCCGGUGGACGUGGUGGCAAACUCAUAUCAGGUUUCCAGGGAAGAAGCCAGGAGGCUCAAGGAGAAUAGGCAGGAAGUCACUGUGUUGAGCCCUCGGUCUAGGUCCCGAUACAAUAUUACGGAACGCAGUGAAUAAUUAAACGCUGCAAUUAUGCAAUUUUAAUAGUAACUAAAUAAGCCUUAAAGGGCAAAUGAGAAGUACCCCCUUUUGGUAUCUUUUACUAAGAAUGUAUAAUGUACAUAUAGCAUGCGGCAGAAUGAAGACUAGCUAGCCAUCUGAGUAUGCCAUCAAUAACAAAAUAUUACUUUGCCCCUAAA